ACAGCGCGCUGAGAGUCCGUGAAGAGUUGAAGCUGCCGGCUGGCAGCGAUUACAGUACAGUUCGGCAAGAAACACCAGCGGCAUCACGGGACUAUUUUGUUUUUUGUUUGUUUGCUUAAAACCAAGAAACUGGCGCUUUUUUAAUUAUUUUUUCUUUCGGAGCAUUUUCCCUAAAGAGUAACAAUUAUUUUGUUUCUAGAGCUUUUACUCUAACCCGGGGUGACUAAUGACCGAUCGCCCAAAGACGUUCCCCCACUGAUGGCAGUGAUGACGAACGAGACGUGGCCACAUCCAUUUUACGUACCCCACUAUCUUCUCCGCGGUGAUCCAUUCGCCUCAAGACUCUCGAAAGAAGCGGACAUUGUCGCAGCUUUUUACAUCCUCAUUAUAGGUGUUUUGUCUGCCACGGGAAAUGGAUAUGUGUUGUAUAUGACUAUCAAGCGCAAAACUAAGUUGAAGCCUCCAGAGCUCAUGACUUUGAAUUUAGCCAUCUUUGACUUUGGCAUAUCAGUGACAGGAAAGCCCUUUUUUGUUGUUUCUAGUUUCUCCCACCGUUGGUUGUUUGGUUGGGAGGGCUGUCAGUUCUAUGGCUGGGCAGGCUUUUUCUUCGGCUGUGGGAGCCUCACCACUAUGACUAUGGUCAGCCUGGACAGAUACCUCAAGAUCUGCCAUCUAAGUUACGGGACAUGGUUAAAGCGACAUCACGCCUUCCUCUGCUUGGUCUUUGUGUGGAUGUAUGCAGCCUUUUGGGCCACUAUGCCCAUUGUGGGCUGGGGAAGCUACGCCCCAGAGCCUUUUGGGACCUCCUGCACUCUGAAUUGGUGGCUGGCGCAAUCUUCUGUAUCUGGCCAAAGCUUUGUAAUGUCUAUCCUUUUCUUCUGUCUUGUCCUUCCGACUGGUAUUAUGGUCUUCUCUUAUGUGAGGAUUAUCUUUAAAGUGAAGUCUUCUGCAAAAGAAAUCUCACACUUUGAUGCCCGAGUCAAUAACAGCCAAAACCUUGAGAUAAAACUAACAAAGGUAGCAAUGCUAAUCUGCGCAGGAUUUUUAAUAGCCUGGAUCCCGUAUGCAGUUGUGUCGGUGGUGUCUGCGUUUGGGGAGCCAGACUCAGUGCCCAUACCAGUGUCUGUCAUCCCUACUCUGCUCGCCAAAUCCUCAGCGAUGUACAACCCAAUUAUCUACCAGUUGGUGGACUUGAAGAAUUCCUGUUCACCCUCUUGCUGGAAGGUCCUGGAGAAACGCAGGCAUUUUCGAAAGUCAAGGUUGUACACAAUUUCCGGUUCGCUGAAGGACAAACGAGAAGCUAAAGAAGCUCAUGUUGAAAUGUGAGCGAGACAGACUGUAUGAACUGCUUACGACUACUACUUGGGACAGUUUGUCUUCUACCCUGUUCUCUUUGCCCUUCACUUUGCCCAUUCACAUGCUGCCUAUCAUCUACACCUUCACUGAACCUGUGUGUACUUCUGCAACUCAGCACCUGAUUCUUUUCCACCACACACACAAAAAAAUAUAUACUCUUUCCAGAGAGGUUUAAGUGGUUGUAUUGUACUGGUAUUUUUUUUCCAUGUAAUUGCUUGACAAAUAUUUGCAGUGUAAUAUGUAGACGUACCGUCCACAUUUUAUUGUGACAUCAGAUAACUGUUUCCUUAAAAAUUUUAACUGAACAUCUUUUGCAAUUACAGUAUAAUCUUACCUUUAUAUUUUCCUUUUACACAAUGUUCCAACCUCAUAGGAUUUGUAUGACAAACUGUUCAUGAAGAUAAACAUUCACACGACAUGGUGUCUGGUAUUAUCCUAUUUGUUACACUUAAAUCAAAGCUUGUGUGUAACCCUCAAGGCUGUCGUAACUUGCACUCCUACACAUGUGGCUUUUGUGCACCAUAAUAUUUUAAACUGCACUUAGUAUUAUCAGGUUGUGUAAGCAUUUGAAGAGAGUGUAAAUUGAACUGGUAUGACCCGGUUAACAUUUUAUUUUUUUAAUGCAGUAAUUCUCUUAUGAAAGCAAAACAUCAGUUAUUAGUGAAUAUAUUUUUCAGUUGUAACAAUAGAGAUUGUGAUUAAUUCAGGGACACAUUUUAAAAUAUAUUUUCAAAUAACCUUUCCUUUCGCAAUGUAAGCAAUUGUUCUUUGAAUGUUUCCAUUUGCUUAUUUUCUUUCUUGUGUUGAAGAGUAAUAUAAUGCAAGCAUUACUAACGGGGGUUUAAAGCAUCAGACUCAGGGACAAAAAUUGGUAGUACCUCUAAAAUUGGGAUUCAUUUCAGCAACAUGAGGAUACACAUUAAAGAGUGAUAUAUUUUUGAAAAACAUUUGUAGGAGUUAUAGCACAAUCAGGGAAAAGAAGAAAGAGUUUUGUGAAAGAUGAUCGAAAAGUGGCUUUUUAUUAUGCAGGAUUCAACACCCUUUAAGGGUUAAGUUUAACUUUGAAAGAGUGCAAUUUCUUUUUUGUACACUGUAAACCCAGAUGUUAGUUUAAGAAAAAAAUAUACUAACUUAAAAAAAUAUUGCGUUCAUGUACCUUGUUCUUACUAUUACAUUAACUGUUUGUAACUCUCA